AGUGAAACCCGACACGGCGGGGCUGUGCCAGGGACAGCUGGAGCCAAGGGGGCCGGCAUGUCCUGGCCACUGUGAUGAGAGUGAACGAGGCACUGCCCCGCUACUGCCGGCAGCAGCUCGCCAGAGCCGCGCACACACCCAGCCCUCCUCCACCGCUGCUGGAAGAGGAGGACGACCCUCCAGCCCACUGGCCGGUGGAGCUGUGGUGAAGCAGGAGAGCCCAGCCACGGGGAACAUGUGGCCGGAUCGCCCGACCCCGGCUGAAGUUCACCCCAGCGUGGUUACACAUUGCUCACGGCAGCGGGGUUUAACAGAGCGCGGAGGAAAGGGCUUGUUCCACUCCCCUGGCAGGGCAGCAUGAAGCCGGAGACCUUCCCCGAGGAGAAUGGCUUCGGGGAGGGAAGGGCCGCCGGCCAGGGCAAUCUCAGCCCCGGGAGCUGCGAGAAGAAACGCCGCUGGAUUCCGGAAAACUUCUGGGAGGACGUGAGGAAGCUGCUGGUGCUGGCGGCACCCCUGAUCCUGAUCCAGCUGCUGAUCUUCCUGAUCCACCUUGUCAGCUCCAUAUUCUGUGGCCACCUGGGCAAGGUUGAGCUAGCCUCUGUCACGCUGGCCAUCGCUGUUAUAAAUGUCACUGCCAUCUCUGUAGGUUAUGGUUUGACUUCAGCGUGUGACACCUUGAUAUCACAGACCUAUGGCAGCAAGAACCUGAUGCGUGUGGGGGUGAUCCUGCAGCGUGCCACCAUCAUCAUCCUCCUCUGCUGCUUCCCUUGCUGCGCCAUCCUCAUCAACAUCGAGCAGCUAAUGCUGCUCAUGCGGCAGGAUCCCGAGGUCUCCAGGUUGACCCAGCAAUACGUGAACGCAUUUCUCCCUGCCCUCCCGGUGGUUUUUCUGUAUAACCUGGAGACGAGAUACCUGCAGAACCAGAUGAUCAUGUGGCCGCUGGUGCUGAGUGGGGUCAUUGGCAACAUGGUCAACGUGGCUGCAAACUACGUCUUACUCUACGUGUUCCACCUGGGCAUCACGGGCUCUGCCUGGGCCAACACCAUCGCUCAGUAUUCACAAACCAUUUUCUUGUUCCUGUACAUCAUAGGCCGGAAGCUCCACGUGAACACCUGGGGAGGCUGGUCCAGUGAGUGCCUGCUGGAGUGGGACAGCUUCACCUCCCUGGCUAUCCCCAGCAUGCUCAUGAUGUGCAUCGAGUGGUGGACCUACGAGAUUGGGAGCUUCUUGAUAGGCCUGCUGAGUGUCAUCGAGCUCUCUGUCCAGUCCAUCAUCUAUGAGGUGUCUGUUGUGGCUUUCAUGGUAAGGGCUGAGUUAUCCCUACAGACCAGGGCUCCGUGGGGGCCAUCCCGAGCCCGGCACAAGGCAAAAAUCAGCUCCAGCAAACCUCCAACUUCCCCCUCCGCACUUGAGUCUCUCCCUGCUCCUGCCUAUCCCUCCUACAGAGAUGCUUUAAAUCAAAUCCCCAACUCUAUCCUGCUCUCUGACGGGUGGUUAUCCCACUGUCACUGUGACAACCCCAUUGUCAGAGCCCUGUGGUUGCAGAUCCCCCUGGGGCUGGGCACAGCUGCCAGUGUGCAGGUGGGGAAUGCGCUGGGGGCUGGCGACGCCAAGGCAGCCAAGAGAUCCUCCACCACCAGCCUGAUCUGCACAGGGGUGUUCUGUGUAAUUGUGGGGGCCAUUUUAGCCUCCACAAGGAACGUGCUGGGAUACAUCUUCACCAAGGACAAGGAGAUCAUUGACUUGGUGGCGUGGGUCAUGCCUAUCUACAUUGUCUUCCACUUGUUUGAAGCCAUGACUGGUGCCUGCAGUGGGGUGCUCAGAGGCAUCGGGAAGCAGAAAUUCGGUGCCAUCCUCAACGCCGUGAGUUACUACGGUGUGGGCAUGCCCCUGGCAGCCGUGCUGCUCUUCGUGGCCAAGAUCGGCGUCAUGGGCCUGUGGAUCGCGAUGCUCGUCUGCGUCUUCAUCCUCUGCACCUGCUUCAUCACCUACAUCUCCCGCCUGGACUGGGAGAAGGCAGCCAAGGAGGCCCAGCGCCGUGCAGGAGUGACCCAGCUGCCACCACCGGAGCUGCCAAGCCUGGGCUCCGAACCCUCCCUUAAGGAUCUGGAUGUGGCAGCAGCCCCCCAGCCCCACACUUACCUCCCUGCCAGGGCGGUGUUGGGGUCUGUCGCGGGAUUAGAAGUGCAGAGCGACGUCGUGCUCACGGGCAUCACCAGUCUGGAGGAGCCCACGUCACAGCUGGAGCUGCGGGCAGCCACAUCUCCCCCCUCCGAGCCGGCCACCCCUGUGGUCACCAAGCGGCUGAUCCUCCGGCGUGGGCUGGCAGCGGCCGUGGCCGUGGCCGCGCUCGCGCUCGGCAUCGCCAUAAAGCUGAUCACCAGCACAGACUGACUGGCACCAAGGACUUUGGGGACUUGUUUUUGGGGUGAAAGCCUUUCCUGAGGGACAGAUGUACAAAGCAUGGACCAGCCAGCGAGAAUAUUGAGCACACGCCUGUCCCACGGGAGCCAAAGGGCCUCUGUCAGUGUCCAGCAGUGUUUGUGCAGAUAUUGAUUGGGAAUGGGCCCCGAGGCUGCUCUGGCACCCAAAAUGCUGCUCUGGGUUGCCUGACACACACUGAGCUUGUGGGUGACCCCCUCCAGCCCAUGCUGUCACCACCAGCUGGAGCCCAGCACAGCCCAGCUCCCACUACUGCUCUGUGACAAAUGCCCAAUAAAGAAUAAAUCCGGCUGGA